AGAGCCACUCUGUUGGUACUAGUAUUAAACAGUAAAUAUAAAUUUAUAAUUAACAAUUUAAUUAUGUAAAUUAAUAAAAAUAAUUAAACAACAAAAAAAAAUAUAUAAAUUGAUAUAAAUAAAAACAUGUGUUAUUUAUUAUUUUUUGAUACAUGAAAAAGAGAAUAAAUAUAUAAAAAAUCGAAACGAAAAAAAAAAAAGUAAAUAUACAUAAAUAAUUAUGAGUAUACGUCAGUGAGGUUAUUCGAUAGUAAUAUAAUUUAACAUAAAUAUUUAUGACAAAUAUAUGUAUAUUAAUUGUUGUUUAGUCAAUGUAUGUGUUAAUAUAAAAAUAAUAACACAAUAGCCAUGGAAACGGAGUAAAUAAUCAAAUCACAACAAUGCAAUAAUCUGUCAUAUAACUAUAAAAAUUACAAACAAGCUGAAAUUCCUGAUUUCAAUUGUUAAUUAUAAUAUAAUAAUAUUUUUUAUAAUGCAAUAAAGUUGUUUAAUUAAUUAGCAAUGCAGUUUAAAUUUAAUUUGUUGAUGUAAUAUUAAUAAUGGAGUUGAAAGUUUGGGUUGAGGGAAUACAAAGAAUUGUUUGUGGUGUUACAGAAACAACAACUUGUCAGGAUGUUGUUUAUGCACUUGCACAUGCCACCGCCCAAUCUGGUAGAUUUACACUUGUUGAAAGAUGGAGAAAUAAUGAACGUUUUCUUGCUCCUUUCGAAAAUCCAGUAACGAUAUUGAUGAAAUGGGGUGAAUAUGCAUCAGAUGUUCAAUUAAUAUUAAGACGAUCAAAUACAGAACAAAUUAAUAACAAAAAUCAAAUAAUAUCAAAUACAAGAAAUAUACAUGGUAAUUCACCAUCAAAUGGUGCAAUACAAGGAGGAUCAAUGCUUGAACAAUGUGCCAUAAAUAAAGGCAAUGAUAAUAAUAAUAUUAAUAAAAAUAGUACAUCUGAUUAUAAACACCAAACAGAAUCACCAAAGUUACUUGAACGUAAUCGUGAUAUUAGAAAAUCAUUGACAUUUAGUGGUUUACAUGGUGUUAAUACAACAGAUGUUAAUAAUACUGAUUUACAAAUGGAAAAUAUUGCUGUUGUACAACCAACAAUGCAAAAUAAAAAUAAAGAUAAUCAUUCACGUAGAGUAUUACAAAAAAAAAUUGAUUCACCAACAAGAGGAUCACCAUCAACAAGUGACGGUAAUAAUGGCAGAAAUAAUAUACAAGAUAAAAUGAGAAAAGUACCACCAUAUAGAGAACCACCGGGACUUGAAACAUCACCAAUACGUACACUUCCACCUUAUCGUGAUCCACCACCACCAAUUGUAACAAGUCCAAAUGGUCAAAGAGAUAUAAUAAAUUAUGGACAUAUUAAAGAUGAACAAUUAAAAACAAAAAGAAAUUUAAUAAAAGAAUUACAAGAUACAACGACAAAAUGUGAACAAACAACAUUAAUAACAACACAACCAGUUAAAUCAUCAACACCACCAACAACAGCAACACCAGCAAUGACAACAGCAACAAUGGGAUUACCAGGACAAACAAAUCAAUCACAAAAUGGUAUGGUUACUGUUGCAUAUACACAACGUUAUGCUGAUUUAAUAAGACUAGUCAAUAGACAACGUGAUACAAUAAAUUCACAACAAGUUGAUCUAACAAAAUUUGAUGCUGAAAUAAUAUAUUGGGAAAAUAAAAAUAGAGAAAAUUUAAAACAAAUGGGUUAUAUAUCACAAGAAGUUAAUAAAAUUGAAACAGAUUGUCGUAUUACUGAAGAACAAUUAAAUGAAUUUGUUAAUACUGAAGAAGAAUCAGAAUUAGUAAGACAACAAGAACAAACAUUAUUAUCUGAAAUAACAUUAUUACGUUCAAAAUUAGCAAAUUGUGAGACUGAAUUAUUACAAUGUAAAAAUAAAAUACGUUUAGUUAUGGAAGAAUUAACAUUUGAACAAUUAAAUUUAAAUCGUGAAACUGAUGAACGUAUUAAUAUUGAAAGAAAAGUUAUUAAUGAAUUUGAAUGUUUACAAAAUGAUGUUGAACAAGCUAAAAGAUUAAAUGAUCAUACAAAUCAAUCAGCUGAUAAUUUAAAACAAGAAGUUAAUAAUCUUGAAACGACAAUUAUUGAAAAAAAAUUACAAGUUGAAAGACUUGUUGCUGAUAUGAAAGAAGCUAAUUUACAGAGUUUAACUGUUGCUUGUCAAGAUGAACAAAUUAAACAUUUACUUGAAGGUGCUCAAAAACCAGGUAGUACACGAAAAAUGAUUGGAUCACCAAGGCAACUUGAAACAGCAGUUCCAACUAGCAAAAAUCCACAUGGUGUGUGGGUUUAAUAUAUCAAAAAUAAAAUAAAAAAUAUAUAUAUCUUAUAUAUAUAUUUAGAAUAAUAUUAUUAAUAAAAUAUAGUAAAAAUUGCAUAAUUAAAUUAUAAAAAAUAUAAUUAGUUGUUAAUAAAUGUAAUACAAUUAGGACAGUGUCCAAUAACAUUGAAAUUUAUUCAAAUACAUUUACUGUUAUUAUAAAUGAA